UUUUUUGGUGAGAUAUUUUGAUGCAACGAGUAUCAUUACUCCUUAACCAAAACUAACAAAUAAAUAAAAUUAAAAUCUCACUCAUUGGAUCUGGAGGCUACUUAUUCUUUGAGAUUUGGUAAUAGGCAUUAGGCAGAAGCUGGAUCUGUAGGUGGAGACAUUUUGAAAUAUUUAUUCGAAAAUGGAGGAGGAUAAGAGGAAGAAGAAAAACAACAAGAAAAAGAAGAAUAAACAGAGUAAGAUAGCGGAGACAGAAGUGGGAGGAGCUACUGUCAAUGACCAUGCUCAAGACGAUGGUCCUCUCAAUGCUGCAAAUUCUACCAUUUCAGCUGAAUCUGAGAUACCACAGUCGCAUCAAGAAGAGGCUAGUUUAGAAGAAACAACGAGACAAUUACAGACAGAAAAAGAUAUUCACUUUCAGAAACAGGCUAUUUUGGAAGAAACAAUUAGACAAUUACAAACAGAAAAUGAUAAUCACAUACAAAAAGAGGCCAUCUUAGAAGAUAUGAUUAAUCAACUGCGAAAAGAUAAUAAGCUGCAUUUACAGAAAGAGUUUACCCAUGAGGAGGUGCUCAAACAAUUACGAGAUGAAAAUAGUUCUCAUAUUCAGAACAAGGCUAGUCUAGAGAUGAAAAUUGUUCAAUUACAGAGUGAAAAAGAUUUCUGGCUUCAAAAAGAGGUAAGCAUACAAGAAAGAGUUGAACAUCUUGAAAGAGAGAGACAUUCCUGGGCUCUGAAAGAGGAUUUAACUCAAGAAAUGAUUAUGAAUCUGAAUGAGGAUAUUGCUAGAUUGCGCAUGCAGGUUGUGGAGUUUGAAGAAUCCAAAAAGAAUCACUUACAAGAAACAGAACAGUUGAUGGAAAACAUAUCUAGUCUGCAGUUGCAAAUUAAGGAUCUUCAGAGCAUUGCCUCUAAAUCAUCUGAAGAAUGUACAAAGCUUUCUUCGGAGCGGGAGGAGUUGAACUCUCAGGUAGAAGCAGCAUGUUCGUUGGUUGAGAAAUUAGUAACAGAAAAUGCAGAGCUUGUUGAGAAGGUCAAUGAGUUGUUUGUUGAGCUUGACAGAUGCAGUGGUUUGUCGGUGGUUCCUUCAACUGUAGCGUCUGAACUGAUCCUUGGAAAUACCAAAAUUUCUUGUGUUUCUCACCAGGAGUCCCAAACCAAUGAAAAUAUGUCGAUGAUGUUACAUAGGGAAUUGAACUCCAUAGAAGUUGUUCCAGUGAAAGAGGAAAGGAACGGUAUCCAUAAUUCAGGGAACCAUCAAAGUGAUGUAAUUACGGAGCAUUCCUUAUCAUCAAUGUUUGGUGAAAUAGUGCAAAUUCCGUUGGAUGAAAAUGAGGAGCAUGAUGUUGAGGCUCAGGCUCGUGAGAAUGAUGAAAAUGAUGGUGUUCCAAUCUCAGAUGCUCCCCUAAUUGGUGCUCCUUUUCGGCUGAUAUCUUUUGUAUCUAGAUAUGUUAGUGGUGCUGACUUGGUUGACAAAAAUUCUUUACAACUCUAAACUCUUUAAACUCUAACCAUCAACUUUUUUCUUUGUAUUAUUAUUAUUAUUCUUUUGGGAACAAUCACUAAUAUGAUUUUUAUUUAUAUUUUUUUCCACUUCGGCUUAGUGAAAAAUAUUAAUUUGAGUUUUGUUGGCCAAAGCGGCCAAUUUAUUUA